AUGCAUAGUUUCAUUGCCGCUCAAGGACCUACUGGAACAGCGCCACCAACGGGAACAGCUCCACCUACUGGAACAGCACCACCCACUGGAACUGCACCACCAACAGGAACAGCACCUCCUACUGGAACAGCUCCACCUACUGGAACAGCUCCACCAACUGGAACUGCGCCACCUACUGGAACUGCAGCACCCACAGGAACAGCACCACCAACAGGAACAGCGCCACCUACUGGGACUGCACCACCCACAGGAACAGCGCCACCUACUGGGACUGGUGGUACAGGAACUGCACCACCAACAGGAACAGCACCACCCACAGGAACUGCACCACCCACAGGAACUGCACCACCCACAGGAACUGCACCACCUACUGGAACAGCACCACCCACAGGAACUGCACCACCAACAGGAACAGCACCACCUACUGGAACAGCACCACCCACAGGUACUACACCACCCACAGGUACAACACCACCCACAGGUACUACACCACCCACCGGUACUACACCACCUACUGGAACCGCACCUCCAACAGGAACCACUCCCCCUACUGGUACCACCCCAGCACCAACCCCACCAACAUCUGCUGGUGGAGCUAAAAGAAAAAUUGUCAAAAUUAAAAAUUUAAAAUUCACAGUUAUACGUAAAGUUAAGAGAAAUCCAACGAAUGGUCCAAGAAAGUCUCCAAUGAAUGCUCCAAGGAAAGCCCCAACGAAUGCCCCAAACAAGGUUACACAACCCCGUAAUGUAAAAAAUAACAAAACCAAUUCGCCCAAAAAGAUUGUAACUACACGUAAAUUCAAGAAAGCACCAAUGAAGCCAGUUGGUCAACGUCGUGUCACGAAGAACAAAGCGAACAUGACCAGAAAAAUGGACGUUAAACGCAAUGUCAGAAGUACGACAUUGAAAUCGAGGUCUAAUGCGAAUACGAAAUCUGGUUAG